CGCGCCGCGCCGAGUCGACAGGGGAUAAAAGCGGUUCUCCCGGCUCAGGGAGCCACAGAGUCCGCUCCGCCAGGCCUCCCGCCAGCCGUCCAGCUCCAGCCACCGCCGCCGCGACUCCCCGAGCUGAGCCCCAUGGCCCGCACCGCGCCCCGCGCUCCCCGGCUCCUCGGCGCCGCGCUGCUGCUCCUGCUCCUGGUCCCCGCCGCCCGGAGCGCCGCAGGGGCGCCCGUCGUCACCGAGCUGCGCUGCCAGUGCCUGCAGACCGUGCAGGGCAUUCACCUCAAGAACAUCCAGAGCGUCAAGGUGACGCAGUCGGGCCCCCACUGCGCCCACACCGAAGUCAUAGCCACUCUCAAGAACGGACACGAAGCCUGUCUCAACCCCGAAGCCCCCAUGGUCAAGAGAAUCAUCGAAAAGAUGCUAAGCAAGGGCAGCACCAACUGACCUGGAGACCAGUAAGAAGCUGGCUGGUGGUUCCUGAAAGGCCCUUCUAGGAACUGAAAAUGAAGAGAGAACAGCUGGCUUCUGCAGGCAGCUAGGAAGGCCUUACUGUGUUUGACUAUUACGAGUUCUCUAUUUAUUUGUUUGUAUUUAUUUAUUUUCCAAAGCUUGUAUUUUAAUAUUUUACAUAUUAGUAUUUAAGGAUCUGACUGUGUUGAAUCAGACGUAACUCCGUCCUGAUUGUUAUUUAAUUUGAAGAUGAUGGGUUUUUAAGGUCUCAUUAAACCACUAUGUAUUGGGAGACUCCAUCAGGUGCCAGGGCACAGCACUGAGUGUGGGGGGGGAGGGGGGAAGGGAGCCGAAGAAGUUAGUGUGUAUACAUCUAUUUUUGUACUUGUUUAAAAGAAUGGCAGUUGUCAUUUGUGGAAAUUAUUUCACAUUCUAUAGUCAACAUUUUUAUGUUGAAGCUUCCCUUGGACAUUUUAUGUCUUGCUUGUAGGGCAUAAUGCCUUGUUUCAUGUUGAUUACGCAGUGUUGCUCUGUCUUGGAACAGAGACGUUAAAACUACUGUUAUGUUUUUACAAAUGACAUGAAAAUAAACGUUUUGCAAAAAAUCA